UUGCUUUCCAAAGCAUUUUCAGGCUACAACCUGCAGGAGAAAUCUCUUCCACGGCUCCUACUCCAGCCACAGCAACAUGGCUUUGAGACUUUGCUCUGCCUGGAUUUCCAUCCUCCUCCUCCUGCCCAGCCUCUCGGAUGGAGGGAAGCUCCUGGUGGUGCCCAUGAUUGGAAGCCACUGGCUGAGCAUGCAGGAAGUGGUGGAGAAGCUGAGUGAGAGAGGACACGAGGUGGUGGUGCUGGUUCCUGAGGUGAGCUGGCAGAUGAAGACCACGCAGGCCUACAAGGUGGUCACGUACCCGGUUGGACAGCCCCUGGAAGAGCUGGAUAACGCCUUCCAGGAAUACGCCGCUGUGCACCUGACACCAAAGCCUUUCCCCCUCAAUGCCCUGGCGAUGUACAACGCCACGGUACAUUUUUUCAUCACCUUCUUUGGGCAAUGCAAGGACCUGUUUCGCAGCCAGGAGACCCUGAAGUUCCUCAACCAAAGCGGCUUUGAUGCCAUCCUGACAGAUCCGGCCAUCAUGUGUGGGCCCAUCCUGGCCCACCAUCUCUCUCUUCCCUUUGUGUUCUUCAUGAGGGGAUUCCCUUGCAACAUUCACUUUGCAGCCCCACAGUGCCCAAGCCCUCCAUCCUACAUCCCAAGGCUCUUCAGCUUCAACUCAGACCACAUGACUUUUCUCCAGAGGGUUGAAAACACCCUGAUUUCCCUCCUGGAGCUUGAUUACUGUAACAGGCUCUAUGCCGAAGCGCUUAAGCUUUCCUCAGAAGUUCUUCAGAGGGAUGUGUCCCUGAUGGACCUUGUGAAUUCUGCUGCCAUUUGGCUCCUGAGGUUUGACUUUGUGUUUGAGUACGUCAGGCCAGUGAUGCCCAACAUGGUCUUUGUUGGGGGGAUCAACUGUGCUAAGAAGAAACCACUGCCUAAGUCAGAGAAGCCUCAGAAUUACACAGUCCAAGCCUAUCCAAUCCCUUACACCGAGGAAUACUUGGGUGAAAUGCUCAAGGCCUUCGUUAGUGCCCAUUUUAUUGAACAGUCUGUUUGGAAUGUUGUUCUGACCUUGUAUCAAAGCACAAUAGAAAUCUCCUCGGUCUUCUUCACCAACUGUAAGAGCCUCCUGCAGAACGAGGAGCUGAUGCAGGAUCUGAAAGAGAGCAAAUUCCACAUGCUUUUCACAGACCCCAUCCUGAUGUGUGGGCCCCUGGUGGCUGAGUAUCCUUCCCUUCCUUCCGUCUACUUCCUGCGGGGCUUUCCCUGUGGAAUGGAUUCUGCUGCUGCCCUGUGCCCAAGCCCCCCUUCCUAUGUCCCCAGGUUAUUCUUGGAUAAUUCAGACAGCAUGAAGUUUUCCCAGCGGGUGAAGAACAUGCUGGUCGAUCUGCUGAAGCUCUUCUACUGUAAGCCCAUCUAUGAUAACUUUGAAGAGCUUGCAUAUGAGGUUUUGAAAAAGAAAGGGACAGUGACAGAACUGCUGAGGCAUGGAACCUUCUGGCUGAUGAGAUAUGGUUUUGUCUUUGAGUUCCCAAGACCAGUGAUGCCAAACAUGGCUUUUAUUGGAGGCAUUAUCUGUGUUCAGAAGGAAAAACUGUCUCAGAAACUGGUGGGCUUUGGUUUCUUCUUUGGCCGCAGCUGUGGUCCAGGGUCGGGCUUGCCGAUCUGCACGGCCCGCCCGCUCUGCGGGGCCACCCCCCGUCGCCUCCGGGCAGGGCACGGCGGGCUUGGCUCUGCCGCCACCGCGGCGGCUCCCGGCGAGCAGCGGCGGCUCCCGGCGAGCAGCGGCGGCUCCCGGCGAGCAGCGGCGGCUCCCGGCGAGCAGCGGCGGCUCCCGGCGAGCAGCGGCGGCUCCCGGCGAGCAGCGGCGGCUCCCGGCGAGCAGCGGCGGCUCCCGGCGCGGGCGGCUCCGAGCAGCCGCAUGGCGGCCACGUGGCACGGGGGAGCCGGCAGCUGCCGGCGGCGAUCUUAA